GAGGCUUUUCAAAAGUGGUCGCGUCCUCUGAUAGCGAUCAAUAUAGACGGUUAUGAGAAUGUGCUGUGUUGCUUUACGACCGGUGACAGUAUACAAGGCACAGUGACCAUCAUGCCUCAGGAAGAUACGAGUUUCGAGAGCUUAAGCAUCACACUUGAGGGUGCCGCAAGAACCACCGUGGACUCCACCGCUCCCCAAACACAAAUCCCGCGGAGAGAGAACAGCAUCAAGAAUUUCCUGCAGCUUCAACAACCAGGAUGCGAGAAAUUCUACCCAGAAUCACGCACCCUGAAAGCCGGAGAAACUUACAAUCUUCCUUUUACAUUUGUGGUGCCUUCCCAUCUUCUUCCGGAUGUGUGCCGGCAUUCGCGCAACAAUCUGCAACUCACAGACGCCCAUACCCAACUGCCUCCCAGUUUGGCGGGCUCCAUGGUGCUAGACGAUGGGAGGAACUUGUUGGAUGAUUUGGCGUAUGAGUCCAGCCAGAUAUGCUAUGCUAUCACGGUCUCGAUUACGGAGAAGCCUUCAGUAGUGGGUAAGCCGAUGAAGAACCUGGUUACCCUGUCCAAGAGGAUUCGGAUCGUCUCUUCAAAGGAGGAGGAACCGCCGUUGAAUGUGCUGGAGGGCGAUGACGAGUAUUGCCUGCAGAAGAUGAAGACGGUCCACAGAGGUGUGAUGAGGAGGAAAGUCGGUUGUCUGGCUGCAGUUGCCUCGCAGCCAAGGCCACUGCAGCUUUUCUCCUCCAAGACUGAGGCUUCCAGCCCCGGGGCAGUCGGCACUACCGCAACUGUCCACCUUCGCUUCACCCCGGAGGGCGAUGAGCCACCCCUCAAAUUGGGGACGGUUUCAACUACUCUGAACGCGACGACCUUCUACGGCAGUACCCCGUGGACAGACUUUCCCUCGAAGAGUGUCCAUCGGGACCGAACGCUCGGGAAAGAAAGCUACACCAAAACAGUCCCCAUCUCGUCGAUGUCUAUCUCAUCGAUCAGAUGGGAAAAGCACAACACGACCGCCGAGAACGACGGGGAUUUUGCCUCACUGAGCCUUUCAUCGUCAAAAGAUACGAUGAUAUCGAGCCCUGGCAAUACCGUCUAUACCACGUCCAUCACCGUACCGAUUACGCUGCCGAAAGACAAGACUUUCGUCCCAACUUUCCAUUCGUGCCUCAUAUCUCGUGUCUAUAGUCUCGACGUCAACAUCUCUUACCACACUCCUGGGGCCAAUCUUCUCACAUCCGGUAUCUCAUUGAAACUUCCAGUUCAGAUCAUACACCAACCUCGCAAUUCUGACCGC